CGGCGCGUGCCCCCUCCCCGCACCCCGCCAGCUGCGAGUCUUGGCUCCCGGACUGGUCACGGUGAAGAAAUCGCGCCCCCUCGCCGCCCCCGGCCGGGGGUUUGGGGGUCCGGGCUCAGAGCUGAUGCGGCCUGAAGUCGCCUCGGUACCCCCCAGCCCAGGAGCGCGCGCAGCUGGUGUGUGGGAGGCCUCCUGUGAGCCACCAGUUUUCCCCUGCCUUCUGAGACAUCCUUCCGGCCCCUGUCAAGGAUUUGGGGAUGCCAGGAGGAAAGAAGGUGAUCGGGGGCGGUGCUGCCCCCGCCACUGCCUCUGCUGCCUCCCCUGGGGCCAGGCGUUUGGAGACCAGCGAAGGGGCAUCAGCCCAGAGAGAUGAUGAGCCAGAGGAGGAAGGGGAAGAGGACCUGCGAGAUGGAGGUGUCCCCUUCUAUGUCAACCGGGGUGGACUGCCUGUGGACGAGGCCACCUGGGAAAGGAUGUGGAAGCACGUGGCCAAGAUCCAUCCCGAUGGAGAAAAGGUGGCCCAGCGGAUCCGUGGGGCCAUGGACCUGCCCAAGAUUCCCGUACCGACUGUGCCUACGUUCCCACCCUCCACGCCGGUCCCUGAGCGCCUGGAAGCCGUGCAGCGCUACAUCAGGGAGCUGCAGUACAAUCACACAGGGACCCAGUUCUUUGAAAUCAAGAAGAGCAGACCCCUCACAGGGCUGAUGGACCUGGCCAAGGAAAUGACCAAAGAGGCUCUGCCAAUCAAAUGCCUGGAAGCCGUGAUCCUGGGAAUUUACCUCACCAACAGCAUGCCCACCCUGGAACGCUUCCCCAUCAGCUUCAAGAGCUACUUCUCAGGGAACUACUUCCGCCACAUCGUGCUGGGGGUGAACUUCGGGGGCCGCUACGGGGCCCUGGGCAUGAGCCGGCGCGAGGACCUGAUGUACAAGCCGCCCGCCUUCCGCACGCUCAGCGACCUCGUGCUGGACUACGAGGCUGCCUACGGCCGCUGCUGGCACGUGCUGAAGAAGGUGAAGCUGGGCCAGUGCGUGUCCCACGACCCGCACAGCGUGGAGCAGAUCGAGUGGAAGCACUCGGUCCUGGACGUGGACAGGCUGGGCCGCGAGGACUUCCGCAAGGAGCUGGAGCGGCACGCCCGCGACAUGCGGCUCAAGAUUGGCAAAGGGACCGGCCCUCCCUCCCCGACCAAGGACCGGAAGAAGGACGUGUCCUCCCCACAGCGGGGCCAGUCCAGCCCCCACCGCAGGAACAGCCGCAGCGAAAGGCGGCCUUCGGGUGAGAAGAAGCCUUCUGAGCCCAAAGCCAUGCCAGACCUCAAUGGGUACCAGAUCCGGGUGUGAAGUGGGUGGCAGCACCCGGCCCCGCCCACUCUGGGGGGCCAGGAUCGCCUGCCAGAACCAGCCUGGCUCCUGGGGAAGGUGAGCGGCGGCAGGAAGAAUGUGUUCCAGCUCAGCCACCCAGGCUGCUGCCCCUCCCACGGACGGGGCCAAGCUCCCAACUUUGGGCUGAGAGGCAGUUAGUGUUUUACUUGGAGUUUUUAACUUGACACUACAGUUUACGGUAUUUGGGAAGAACUAAAAAUGUGAUGGACCUGCCGACGGCUGGCAGGCCUGUGCUUGGGAGAACUAAUUGCCAUGUGGCUGAGUGAGGGGGCGUUGCUGGCUCUGCCAGUUCCCCUGCCCCUGGCGACUCUGGGAUGUGGGUCCAUCCCAUGUAGGGGAAAUCUCCGAGCCCACAAGGCCUGUGGCAGGACGGCAGAGGGUGGAGGUGUUUCUCCACGUCCGCCUGCCCUGGCGGCAUCUUGACACAGGGAAAAGGAAGCAGGGUAGGAAACAUCCUGGGAGAGGUCUGUGCCCAUCUCAGGAGCUUGACACAGUGACAUCUCCCCAAGGGCGCGAGUCCACAGCCCAGGAGAGCCUUCAUGACCUUGCAGCCCCGCAGACAGACUGUGCUCUGAGGACUGACCACUGGCACGCCCCCUGCUGGAGGGCUGAGGGAGAGCCCACGAGAGAACCACUGGGGGAAGAGUUUCCGAGCCCCUUCCCCCUCUUACUUAGCCCAGAUCUGCCUCUUGCUGAAGUUGGGCUCCCUGCAGAGGUCUGGGCAGUGCCGAGGGCCCAGAUUUGCACUGGGCUCAGCAUGACUGUGGGGACUGAACAGAGCGGGCGGGCCCAGGAGCUGUGGCUGGGGACAUACACUCAGCCCUGGGUCUGUCCCCUUUCCUCC